CUGGACUUUCAGGUUGCGAAGCGUGCUAACAUUCCGGAUCAUCCCAACAUAGUCAAAGUGUUCGGGUGCCGCAGAGAGUUUGGGCGUUGGCAAGUAAUCACCGAAUUAAUCGAUGGCACCGACCUUUUCGAUUAUGUGCAGCAAGAAACAAAAGAAAAUGAAGUAUUGGAAGUUAACAAAGUGCGAUCGCUUUUUCGCGAUUUAAUGCAGGCCGUCCAACAUUUGCAUAGCUUAAAAGUAGCGCAUAUGGAUAUAAAAGCUGAAAACUGCCUGGUCACUGUAAACGGUGAGAUUUCUUUGUGA